CUACUACUAAGACAUUUCAAUCUACGCUAAUAGAGAGUGCUUGUAGAUGAAGCAGAAGAAGAAGAAGCAUGAAUUCUUAUAGAGUAAAGUAAAGUUAGGCAAAAGAUUGUUGAACCGUAGUUGAAUAAAACCUUGGAACCUUAAUUGGAAUUAUAUUCCUUAUCAGUAUGAUCACCCGAAUCACUACAGCUACUGACAGCUGUAUAUCGACGAUUGUGCCUCCAUAAACUAUUUCAGCAAGUUUCUCUUCCUCUUCUUUAAGACUCUCAAAGUGGCGGAUGGAACCACUUUACAACAUCAUUUGAGUUUAUUUAAAUUCCUAAUUAAAUUCAUCAUUUAUAACCCACUCUUUCGGCUAGCCAAACUAUUAAAUUAUUGUUCAUUAGCAUUGGACCUCUACAGCAUUAUAUUAAAAUUAGUUCUUAGUGUUUACUAUGCAAAACUAAUAAAUUAAGCAAUAUCAAGCUUAUUAUCAUGCUCAAGAAUGUAGAAUCUGAUCGAAAUUUUUUAUUUAUUUUUAUAUCAUAUAAGGAGAGGAGGAGAGAAAGAGGAAAGAAUUUAAUGGAGCACAUAUAUGUACAUAUAUAGGAUAGGAUAUUUGAGUUUUACCAUAAUAUACACUUUCCUCUUUAUCCGAUUAUAUUUGCUAAGCUAAUAUAUAUAUGUUUUGAAGCAUGUGCGUAUAUUUGUGAUAAAUAGGGUUUCGUAUAAAUAAUAAGCUUUUAGUAAACCAUUUUUGUAUAUAUUUUGCUCCUCAUCUCAUCAAACCUGUCUUUUUGAUUCGAUACAUAUAUUGUAUAUUCCUAUAUGGACUUUGUGUCUCUGUGAGACAAUUCAAAUUUCAGUGAAUUAAAUGCAAUUUUUGAUCUCUGUAAGUAUAUUCAAUAUCCGAUAAGCCGAAUAGCAUUUUUGACAGCCUCCCCAAGAUAAGACUUCUGUUUAUUAGACCUCUGUGGUAUAUUUGCUGAGCUAAUAAUAUACGUAUACAGUUACUACAUUACAAUAAAUCAAACUUAAUUUUUUCAAUCGUUAAUACUUGUAUACCCUGUCAGUUGUAUUUAUAUUUCUAUUGUUCUUUCUACACACAGUCGACUCUCGUUAUUUCGGAACUCGAUAAUAAAUAAACCUUGGAAUUAUCAAGGGAAUUUAUUUAACUGAUGAUAUUUUACAUAUUCAAUAUGAAAAACGACUUUUUUGCACAUGUCUUCGCCGUGUCCGGCUUUCUGUUCUUUGGCGGGCCGAUGACGGCCAUCUGUGUGCUAUACGUGCUCAUCGGGAUUAAGCUGAAGCGCAGCCGUCUUCUCCAGGCGCUGCCGCGUCGCAGCUACGAUGUUAAUCGCGGCAUCAGCGCUCAGACGCGCGUCAUCCGGAUGCUGGUCGCUGUGGCAGUUGCCUUCUUCAUUUGCUGGGCGCCGUUCCAUGCCCAGCGCCUGAUGGCUGUCUAUGGGUCCACCUUUGGCAUCGAGUCGCAGUGGUUCAACGAUGUGUUCAACGUAUUGAACUAUACAUCCGGCGUGCUCUACUUUCUGUCCACCUGCAUCAACCCGCUGCUGUACAACAUUAUGAGCCACAAGUUUCGCGAGGCAUUCAAGGUGACUUUGGCUCGUCAAUUCCGACUCUCGGGCAAGCAUCAAGGUCACGGCUUGCCGCACAAUUACAGCGCGCUGCGGCGCAAUCAAACGGGCUCGCUGCGCCUGCACACAGACAGCGUGCGCACAACCACAACUCUGACCACACUCAACGGCUGCAGCAGCAACGGGACUGCAGCUGGCGGCGCACGCAACUCGCAGCGCUUGCAGCGAGGGUCGCUCAACAGCUCGCACGCCACAUUGCUGAGCACGCAGAGCCGCAGCAGACAAGACUUGUUUGCAGCCCGUGUGGCAGGAGGAGAUGGGACAGCAGCAGCAGCAGUGGGAGCAGCAGCCACUGCUGCAGCCAUGCAUCCACAUCCCCAUCGCACGCUGCAGACACAAAUCUCACAAUUGUCUUCGGUGGGCGAUGCCCACUCGCUGCUGGAGGCGGACCUGCAGUGGCCCGAGGAGCAUUACGAGCUGGCUGCCCGGCAUGGCAAGGGCUCGCAUUCGGCAAUGGGCGCCAUUGACGAGCUGAGCUGUCAAUCAAGUGCUGUAGGCGGGGCGCCUGCUGUGGGGCUGUCGAGGCCGCGUGUUAAGCUCACACGCAUCACACGGCAGCCGCAGCUGCAGACAACUGCCAGCGCCUCAGCAGCAGCAGCAGCAGCAACAACAACAACACCAGCAGCGGCGACGACGACGACAGCUGCUGCUGUGGCCAAGUCAACGGGCAGUGGCAAAGUGCGCAAGGCAAAGGCUAAACGCUCGACGACACUCAAGGCUCUCAAAGUCAAAUUGAAUUGGCGUGGCAGGCAAAAGAAGAAGGAGGAGCCAGAGGAACAGCAGGAGGAGGCUGGCGCCAACAAAGAUGCUGCUGAUGGCCAGACAAGUGUGGCAUCAACGCCAAGUGCCGUUUAUUAGUCAGCCAGUCAGGCAGUCAGUCCAUUCCAGAUAAAGGACAGGUACUCGUAACUGUGAUAAGAGCAGCAGCAGCAGCAGCAGCAGCAGCAGCAUGAAUUCGACAGCAACUACAAUAAACAAAAAUAAUUCCAAUUUGCGGCCAACCUAGAGCCAACUCAAUUCCUAGCAAAUACUUAGUCAUAUAUAUGUAUACUAUAUACUCGUUAUGUUUCUGAUCUGCUUGCAUGUGUCUCAAUUUCUCUUAAUAAAGCAGUCACAUUUUAGCUCUCA